ACCCCUUUUGCCGCAGCUAUGAGCGUUAUGGGCAACGCGCUGCCGAGUGUUGCUCUCCAUAGCCUUUGGCACACUUAAAACAAGUGGCCCUUUGUACGACGCAAAGCCCUUCUUAGGUACUCGCCACUCGCCACAGCGAUCGGGUGGCACGAGUUCAUUUUAAACUCGCCGCGCGGAGCAGAAUGGCAUGUUUCAAGGAACAAACACAAAGUACACAACGAUUAUGUUCGUGAAAUUCUCGGCUGAAACUGAAACACGGCGUCACGUUUCCAAUCGAGUUCAUCGCGUCGCUAUUUCCAGCCAACGCCAAAGCGCUGUCAGUAUCUUGGAGCGGUCCGGCAUAUUUUUUUGUGUUUAAGUUUGGAAGCGAGGUCCGGUGCCAGAAUGGGGCACGUACGCUGCGUUGCGCAAGACGCGACGGCAGAUGUCUGCAUCCGCUUGUGCGUGCCGGCUUAAGUUUCCGAAACAAAAAAAACAACAUCACCGGCGGAUGGAGGGGACGUGCGUGGCAGUUUGACACUCGCUGCCGGAGAGAAGAGUUACAACAACGACGAGGACACAAGGUCCGCCACUUGGGACGUGCCGUCGGACACGGCUCCAAACUGUUUCUCGUUCUCCUUCAUGGUGGAACGACUCGCAGAGCCCAAUCGCGUUCUCCUCCUGCUCGUCGACGGACUUGUGGAACACGUUCCUCGCAGCGGCGGACGACGCAGGGACAUGCGCAUUGCCCCGGCGGUUGGAGCCCGAGCAGAAACCCAGCGCCUGGUUGUAAUUAGGAUAACGAGCAGUUAAGUGGGGGGGGGGGGGGGUGUUCGUCAUGUCAAGGAAGAGCAGAGCACCGAAGCUCAGGUGUUACGUCGACGCGCCAGACGGAGGGUGGGGAUGGAUCAUCGUGCUCCACUUCUUCAUGGUGAACGUCUUGGUGAUGGGGAUGCUGAAAUCCUUCGGCUUCUUCUUCGUGGCAUUUCAAGAGGAGUUUUCGGAGAACGCCGAGCGAAUCAGUUGGAUUGGAUCCAUCAUGUCCAGCCUACGCCUCAUGGCCGGACCCCUGGCGUCCGUGUCAUGUGGGCGACUGGGAGAGAGGGGCACGGCCGUGCUCGGGGGGCUCAUCGUGGCCGCGGGCUUCUUCGUGUCUGUGCUCGCGCAGAGUGUGCCCUUCCUGUACAUUACCCUGGGCGUGCUGGUAGGUCUGGGCUUUGCCCUCAUCUACCAGUCGGCGAGCAUCAUGACCGCACGCUACUUCAAGACGCGCCUCUCCACAGCCUACGCCAUCUCGCGUUCCGGCAUGGGCCUUACCUUCGCUCUUGCGCCCUUCACGCAGAUGUUGCUGGACGAGUACGGCUGGCGAGGAGCCCUGCUAAUCCUCGGCGCCCUCAUGCUGAACUUGAUUCCGUCUGGAAUGUUGCUCCGACCGAUCCACCUGCUGGACGACCUCGGUUCGGCACAAGUCGAAAAGUCGGCCCACGGACCGGGGAACGAAGACCAAGCGGGCGACAUCGCCAUUGUGUGCCCGGCGCCGGGGGAACGACGCGGAGCGGCAGAGCAGGAGCAGAAUAGGUGGGAUGCUGCCUCCGCGCUCAACGCCGCACACAUUUACGAAGAAGGCGGCGAUGCCAGCAGUGAGAGGAGGACAAGCGUCGACACGGCCGCGAUUGCGGGCGGACCUCUGGGGAACGGAGAGAACACGGAUCUUCCGAACGGAGGCGGAAAAGGCCACGCGGCUUCCCGGGCGGGGUCGCCGUGCAGCGACGGUGGCUCCCGUGGAGCAGAAGUGGGAAGCGAAAGGCGCCGCACGGCAAACUCCAACAACGACCCACAGCACGUGAGUGCGAGGCGCAAGUGCCAGCGCGUGCACGUGGAGGUUGUUGACGGGAGGGGGGCGACCUCCUGCCCGCCUUGCGGUGGGCAAGAGCCGAAGUCGGAGGAAAAACUCCUGGACAUCUCGCUGCUCAGGGAGCCGCUGUUCCACGUGUACACGUGGUCUGUGGUGUUCAGCCAGCUGGCAUACUUCAUUCCAUACUUCCACUUGGCAGCGCGGGCACAGACGCUGGGCAUCGAUCCAAUGAAGGCAUCACUUAUCAUCUCCAUGGCAGGUGGACCUGCUGGGCGUGCAGAGGGUUCGCAGCGCCUUCGGCCUCUCGAUGUUCUUCGUGGGCUUUGGCUGCCUCAUGGGUCCCCCCACUGCAGGCUGGCUGUACGACAUCACGCACACGUACGACUCGUCCUUCUUCCUGGCGGGCACGUGCUACCUGAUCGCGGCCGUGCCCCUGCUCCUGGAGCCGCUGGCUCAGGCUCGCGCCCGGCACCAGGACACCGCGAGGCCCCUGGGGACCGGCUCACCGGUUCCCGGCCUCAACGGGGAGUGGCUGGGCCCUCUGCCCGGAUCCGGUCCCCUGACCUCACGUGGAUGAAAAUGCAACCCCGAGGAAUCGCAGGGGAUGUUCAGAAACAUAGACCCCCCCCCCCUACCACCCCCCCCCAUCCAUCCUGGGAAAUAUACUCAACGUCACCCACAAUGCUUCACAACACGGCAACAUGAGUUUGUAUGCAAUAUCGUAGUUUUUGUUUAUUUUUAUUAUCACACGCUUUUAUUUAACUCACUCUGUCUGUUGUCGUAUCCUCAAAGCUUGUAACUACAUUUUUACCCACUUCCCAAUGUGGUAUCGACUGAAAACUUGGUAUACGUAUGUCAUACUGAUGACAAUACGAUAUUUUAUCAUUAAAAAUAAAAAAACAUAUAUUUUAAAACAUUCUUUUACACGCUUUUUAUUAACUCACUCUGUCUGUUGUUGUCGUAUCCUCAAAUCUUGUAACGCAAUUUUAACCCACUUUCCAAUGUCGUAUCGACUGCAAACUAGGUAUACGUAUGUCAUACUGAUGACAAUACGAUAUUCUAUCAUUAAAAAUAAAAAUAAACAUUUUUAAACAAUCUUUUUUAUAUGUUAUGUUUCGGCUUUGGUCUAAUUGUCGACGCUCAACUGACGUUGGCUGUAAAUCACCACGGGGCCACUUCCUGGAGUCGUGGAGUUCUGCCAUUACUCGUACGGUACAUUUCAUUAAAGCGUGUUUUAACAAAAAGUCUUUUUUAAAUAUCACUUAUUUUAUUUUGUUACAGAUUCCCAUAGUUUAGAUUGAGUGCUCUUGCCGAUGGCAUCCAGUAAGCGAGCAGCCAUUUGUUUAGAAAGCCUGACUCUGCUGAUGAGACCCAAAAGGUGUUCGGAACCGGUUUGGAGAGUUUGCUUGCUUGAAUAAAUGCUGCCGGUUAAUGUUGAUCUGGAAAGCCAAUAGACCGAUGUGACUAAACUCUCACUUUUUAUGUCGAGACACAAAAGGAGUCAUGGUUGGAUUUGCUUUUACUCCAUUUACCUGCAUGACAUGGCAGGAUUGUGACAAAUGCCAAUGACAUAGUCACUUUAAGAUGUUUUCUUGUUCAUGUUUUUUUGUUUGUUGCGGUUGCACCCGAUUCAAGAGCCGAAUGGCUCCCAGGGCUAUACCUAAUAAAUGAACUUUGAACUUUGGCUUGGGGAGGCACUCAUCCAGCAGUGGAUUGAUGAUGGCUUAUGGUGACCAUUAAGCAAAGCUCGAUAUGCAUAAUGAAGCCGGCUUGUACACGAACCACAUUCUCUGUAUUAUAAGACACUCCGGAAAGUAACAUGCAUCUACUUGUGCCCAGGUUGAAUCUAGUUUUACAAAUCUGGUCACACACACACAAAUAAACUGGAUUAUAAGACGCACGUCAGCGUUUUGCUUUAAACUACAGGGGCAGACGAUGUGUCUUAUAAUCUAGAAGAUAUGGUCCAUAUAUAGUCCUUUAGUCGGUCCACUGCUGGAUGAGGGUUGCGCUCAUUGUCGGGAUUAUUUGAUCAUACUUCACCACGCUGGUCAGUGUGGGUAGAUUAAGGCACCUCCGAUUAGCACCGUUAGCUUUGCAUGGUCCGAAAGAAGUUCAACAUUUAUAUAAGAGAGCAUAGUAGUAGUUGGAGCACGGUACAAUGCAACAAUGUAUGUUGCCGUACUCUCCUCUGCCGACAACGUAGCCCCGCAGCAGCCUAUAGCACCUGUGUUACACGUGGUGGUGAUGGUGGUGGCCCAUCAUCCAACCAUGAUCCGGCUUCCACCGCUGCAUAGCUUCUGUGAUCCGGUGGGAUCAGGCGCAUUCGUUUUAGACAGCUACGUAUGAAGCGGAUGAACGCGUUCAAACAAAAACAAACUUACAAAAAUCAUGAUCGCAAUGCAUGACAAUUAUAGAGGAGUGUCCUGUUAAAACUUGAUAACCCACACUUUUUGGUUCUUUCGGUAAAGUCGCGUAGGUAUAAAAUUAAAAUAAAUCACGACGUUUCGGGCGCAACACAAGCGUCCGUCAUCAGGUGUGUUGAGCCCGAAACGUCGUGAUUUAUUUUAUUUUAUACCUACGUGACUUUACCGAAAGAACCAAAGAGUGUGGAUUCCUGCAGUCACGAAAGCUUCAAAUUAAGAUUGAUAACCCACACAGAAAGACUGCAUUACAACAACAAACAACCGCAUUGAUACGCUGCGUCAAUUGUCGUGGUUGUGCUGCAUAGCAGGCCUGGCGUUUCGUCAGCUUGUGUAUCUUGUUCAGCGUGAUGCCGUGAACUUAGAGUGAACUCAACCCAAGCGUGUAUCUUGUUCAGCGUGAUGCCGUGGAUUUACACUGAACGAACUCAAUCCAAGUGUGUGUGUUGUUCAGCGUGAUGCCGUGAACUUACGCGGAGCGAAUUCAAUUACAUCUCUCAAAAAAAGCUCUCGGCAUGUGCAGCGAAACGUCGGACAUCGUGCUUGAACAACACACGGCACGAUGCGAAUCCACUUACGAUAUUUUUUUUUAUAUCGGAUCAUCUCCCCUUAGGUGGUCACAAUGAAGGCAAUUCAUUUUCAAGGAUACCCUUCAAUCAGAGGGCAAUAUUUCCUGGGUAUUUACAAAUUCCACGACUUCAAUUGUCAUUUUCACAAAGGGCGAAUUGAAAAAUAUGGACUAAUAAGGAUGAAAAAAAAGUAUGUAUUGUUCAGCCAACGUGUUCAUGAUCAUUCAUUGUUCAUCGCCUUGUAUUUUUCUUCUGUUAAACGGUCAAAACACAGCGCAGAAUGUCGAUUUCCAGCUACCACAAGGUGGCUCUGUAACCCAGAUUAGCAGUUGUGACCGAUACAAAAAAAAUAAAGAGUUAGUUCUGGAAGAAAAACUCAUCUACGCGACACACAUUUUAUACGCGGUAUUAUUUUUUAUCAAUAAAAUAUGUGUUAUCGUUUAAACAAUUUAAAAUAAAACCAUCUAUUAUAACCAUGU